UGCCUGGAUAAUUGUGAAUUAGAGUUGAACCAAGCCCAGAUAUCUCUUUUGGCUGCCUAAGUAAAAUUUGGUGUCCAAAUCCGUCCGGAGAAGCCCGCCCAUUCAUGGCCCAUAUGGUGCGACCCCAGGGUUUUAGCUUGGAGCAACUGCGCCUUACUUUGGGCCAUUCGGCGAUCCGUGAGCAGUGCUACUUUAUCUAUGGCACCAACAACAUUCUGGAGAUCAUAGCCGGAUUUGACUGUCUGCUCAGUCAGGAGGAGAUCGAGUUCGGCGCAGAGCGACUGGCCGCGAUCCACGUCACCGGAAUGAUGGUAUAUCUACUGCAUCACGAGAAUUUGGCCAGUACCCAGAUGAAGAGGACUCUGUUCAUGCAGCGUUGUUUCGAGUAUCUGGCCUGCACCGAGGAAACCUAUGUCCAUCACCUGUGCAGCCAUAUUCUCGGACUGUUGGAGGCCAGCGAUUCGGAAGUGAUGCUAAACCUGAUCCUCUGCUUCAGAGUGGCCAGUCCCUUGAGCCUGAUGGCUCGUGUGGUGGCCAACUGCCUGCUGUGGGCCAUGCUGGCCCGUCUGACGGACCUGGGUCUGGACUCGCACCGCCUGCGCCCGUGCCCAGCACUGUUGCUGGUUGUCGCCAUGGUCAAUCCCCGCGUCUACGUGGAGUCCUAUAUGCAUGCCCUCCAUCUGGUGGUCCGCCUAAUUUCCUGUCUCCUUAUCGUGGGGCCUCUCGCUGGCAAUGGACAGAUACUCUGUCAGGAGGUUGGUGUGCCUCCGGAACUACUUGAACUCUCCAAGGAGGACUCGGCCAUAUUAUUUCGCUGGCUUACGGCUAUCGUUCAGGAUUUGCGUCCCCAAAUGCUCUCGGGAGAUCUGGGGCACCUGGAGGAACGCCUAGUGCUUCUGGAAGCCAUCUGCGAACUUAUGCAGAUCCUGCACGGCCACCUUAUCAAGUGCUACCAAGCCAAUAGUGCCCUAACCUUAAGCGGGGAAUCCAAUGACGGAAAUCAAAUUUAAGAAUACACAGACAUUCUUGACAGAAGGUAAAUUUCUUUAGUCCUAUUCGAGCAUGUUUAUUAUAACCACACAUUAUAAAAUAAAUGAAUUAACUUAAACACAA